AUGCAGCUUGAUCUUGAGAAGUUAAUGCUAGAUCCACACUGUUUGAGGUUUGAUAGCAGUCAAUCCUGUGCUCAAAGAAGGCAUGGACUUUGUGCUUCUAUUAUUUUAUUUGAAGAAAAUCUCAAGAUCAAAAUCAAAGUCGUUGGGGAAAAAGCUUCUAUUCUUGUGGUCUUACCCUCACUCCUCACACUGUUUAUGGCUUCGCUUUCGCUCACUCUUCUCAACUGUACGAGUACCGUCGAACAUCCCCACACAACAUUCUCUUCUUCCUUCACCACUCCUGCUCGCAGGAGUAGAUAUAGCACAUGCUCUUUUGCCAAGAAAUCAUUGAAGAAAUUCAGCAUAGAUGGACCAGAGUCAUCUGGAGAUAUCUUGGAGGAUAAAUUUGUUAAAAAUGGCAACUUGGGCACUUCUCUUAAUGCAGCUUCCCAGAAUUCUAACCCUUUACCUUCAAGGAGUGCAGUACUUCAGGCUUGCAUAAUAACUUCUGGUCUCAUUGCUGCUUUGGGAUUAGUGAUUCGGCAGGUGUCUCAUGUCGCCUUUGUGGAAGGAUUGCCAGUCUUGGACUGCUCUACAGAAGUAUCGUUUGGUUUUGAAUUGUGGCAUCUUGAGUUGAUUACAGGACUUGUAGUGUUAAUAUCAUCAUCUCGCUAUUUGCUAUUGAAGACAUGGCCAAAUUUUGCAGAAUCUAGCGAAGCAGCCAAUCAGCUGGUCCUUAGCUCACUUCAGCCUCUGGAUUAUAUUGUCGUUGCAUUCUUGCCUGGUAUUAGUGAGGAACUCCUUUUCCGAGGAGCAAUUCUUCCACUUUUGGGAACGAACUGGAAUAGUAUUGUGAUUGCUGCCUUGAUCUUUGGUGUUUUACACCUGGGCAAUGGUCGAAAGUAUUCCUUUGCCAUCUGGGCAACUUUUGUUGGUCUUGCAUAUGGCUAUGCUACAAUUUUAUCUUCUAGCGUUGCGGUUCCUAUGGCUUCUCAUGCAGUAAACAAUCUGAUCGGAGGACUUUUAUGGCGGUACACAUCAAAUACACCAAACCAGAAAUUAAAUGAGUGA